AUGAUCAUCCGGAAACCAGCCCAACUACAACCGCGACCUGCCUACAAUCACCACCAAGCGUUCUCGAGCUUGUCGGUCCUCUAUCGACCUCCGACGAACUCUGACCAGCAGCCGAAGAAUGGUACAGAUCCUCAGCAGGGAGACCAGUCCGAAUGGAAGUCUAGCUUUGAUUGGGAGCCCGAGCUUCGGCGUCGACAGCGUGUUGCAAAGGAGCGAGGUCGAAAGGCAUCCAAAUUCGUCGAUCAGAUGAAGGUGCUGGUCCGGGCAGGAAACGGUGGUGAUGGUGGAGUAGCCUUCCACCGAGAGAAAUUCGUAGCACGAGGAGGACCAUCUGGUGGGAAUGGCGGCCAAGGCGGCUCGGUGUUUCUUCGGCCAUCUGCGGAGGUGCAAUCGUUGAACAGGAUCCCGAGGUUUCUAAGGGCCCAGCCGGGGACUAAUGGUGGGGGCCAAUGGAUGAAUGGGCCGGCGGGCAAAGAUCUGAUCGUCGACGUGCCGAUCGGGACGGUGAUUCGAGAGAUCCGGUCCAGCCAAACCUCCGCCCACAGGGAAGCAGCCCUCGGAUUCGAUCUCGGCCAUCGGCCGCCCAAAGCUAGCGAUCUGGUUGGAGAGGAUGCCGAAGUAGCAAAAGCAAGGCGAUCAAAAUUAUUCGUACACUAUCCGGAAUCCGAGGACUCUAAUCAAACCAAUGAAGCCCUCAAGAACCUCGAACUCGAUCUGCUUCAAGAGCAAUGGGCGAUCGAACGCGCGCAUUCCCAGUCGGAGCCCUUCGAGAUGGACUGUGCCAAGUUUGACGAGGAGCGGCGUAGCCGGAAGAGGAUCGAGGAUCCUUCGACACAAGUCAACCGCUCGCUGAAGUCCGAGCAGGACUUCUUCCUGGUCGCCAAAGGCGGCGAAGGCGGCCUCGGCAAUGCAAACUUCAGCGGCAAUCAGACCACCUUGCCCAGGUUUGCAACCAGGGGCAAGAAGGGCGAGGUGCUCGAGCUCGAUCUGGAGCUCAAGACGCUGGCGGAUAUCGGCCUGGUUGGCUUUCCCAACUCGGGCAAGAGUACUUUGAUUCACACUCUGACGAACUCCCGUGCAGAGAUCGCCCCCUAUCCAUUCACGACGCUGAAUCCGCAGAUCGGAACCCUGAUCAUCUUUAACGACGGCUCGUGGGAUCUGGACGAGCCGACGGAUGUGAUCGACCAUUCGCCCACGCACCGGCAGUAUCUGGAUGCCAACAGCGCGACGGAUCUGAUCCGGGACCGGUCGAGUCGACAACGGUCAGCCGGCCAGCCGACGCGGAAGUGCGAGAGUGUGCGGCUGACGAUCGCCGACUGUCCGGGCCUGCUUCCGAAAGCGUCGGAGAACGUGGGUCUGGGCCAUGCGUUCCUGCGACACAUCGAGCGGUCGAAGAUGCUGGUGGUGGUGGUGGACUUGAUGGCCGGAUUGCCGACGACAGCACCGCCCGCGACGCCCGACCAGCCGCCCGCGAAACGGGUGGAGGACGACAACCCGCACCGGUGCUGCCAGGACGUGGAGACCCUGUUCAACGAGCUGGAGUCGUACCAGCCCGGGUUGAGUGGCCGGGUGGGCAUCCUGAUCGCCAACAAAGCCGACCUCUCCUCCUCCGACGCCCAUCUGCAGCAGAUCGCCCGGGUCAGACUGCAGGCUCUCGAGGACUACACCCGCGCGUUCACCCGUUACCAGGUCCAGCACGGAAUCCGCAAUAGUGCCCCCUCGAGUACUGCUGCUGCCGAUGCCCCCCAUCCUAGCCACAUCGUCGUCCUCCCCCUCUCGGCUAAGUUUCGCCUCAACGUCAAAAAGCUCGUCUCGGUUAUCAAGCAGUUUUUCGAGGCUUCAAAAGCUUAA